AAACUGUGAACUAGUACAACCAGUUCAGCCAAAAAGAACAAGCCUCUUAACGAGAUCGUAUUCGGGGCGGGGGCCCAUCCGCACGCGUGUGUCUCGUUAUGUUUUUGCCCGCCGAAAUUUUGCGCGGAAACGUUCUCGUGGGCGUGAAUUCCCGGUAAGUUACGCGCGACGUGUUUCACUUUCUGGUGUGACAAAAAUCCGUGCAAAGAGGCAACGCAAUUCAUUUCCGCCGAGAUCACGAAAUUCCAUUGACGCUUGUCAGGAUGACCAGGUCAAAGAUAGAGUUGGGCGAUGUAACACCGCACAACAUAAAGCAGCUAAAAUUGCUCAAUCAAGUCGUAUUCCCGGUCUCGUACAACGAAAAGUUUUACAAGGACGUACUGGAAGCUGGAGAACUCGCCAAAUUAGCAUAUUACAAUGACAUAGUGGUGGGAGCAGUUUGUUGCCGUGUAGAUACUUCAGAAAAUUCUAGGCGUUUAUAUAUAAUGACUCUGGGUUGUCUGUACCCUUAUAGAAGAUUAGGAAUUGGCACUGUUAUGGUUCAGCACGUUUUAAAUUAUGUUAAUAAGGAUGGCAAUUUCGAUUCUAUCUUUUUACACGUUCAAAUAAGUAACGAAGGUGCGAUUGACUUUUAUAAAAAAUUCGGAUUUGAGAUUGUUGAAACUAAAGAGCAUUACUAUAAGAGAAUAGAACCGGCGGACGCGCAUGUGCUACAGAAAACGCUGCGUCCACGAGCAAAUCAAACGAAUCAUCAAACGGUCAACUAACAAGUAGUAUUGUUCAUUAAUUUAUCUUUUUCAUGAUUUAGAAUCUACUUACGUUUCCAUGUUCUGUCAAUAAAAUCAUUUUAUAUUA